GGAUGUGUGGCUGUCCUCGGCCGUUAUGCGCAUACUGGAAGUGUGGCUGCCCCCGACCAUUAUGCGCAUACUGGGAGUGUGGCUGCCCUCGACCGUUAUGCGCGUACUGGUUGGGUGGCUGCCCUCGACCGUUUUGCGCAUACUGGGUGUUCGCUUGGCCUCGACCGUUUUGCGCAUACUGCACGUUCGCGUGGCCUCGACCGUACUGCCCACGACGCGCAUCGAACUGUCCCCGACCACGAUGGGUGUGUGGUACGAGUAGAGGAACGUCUGGUCGUGCAAAGGAGCCUAUGGCCAUUACAUGCCUAGGCGGUCCAUCAUACGGUCUGGGCGCUGGUAACGACCGGGAUGGGCCAGGGACGAUCACGUCGCCAUCGUCUUCCAGCAGCAAGGAUGGCUGUGGGUGCAUGACAGAGACCUCGGACGCACGCGGGAGGUCAUCGGUCUCCCGACGGCGGUUGCGACGCUUGCUUCGAGCGUAAUCGGGGACUCCAUCUUUUGGCAGGGAUGGAAC